AUGCUGCGGGACUGGUGCAGGUGGAUGGGCGUGAACGCACAGCGCUCACUGCUCGUCAUGGGCAUCCCAGACGACUGCGAAGAGGACGAGUUCCAGGAGGCUGUGCGGGCCGCCCUGUGGCCCCUGGGCAGGUACCGAGUGCAGGGCAAGGUCUUCAGAAAGGAGCUGGGGACCAAGGUAGCCUUGGUUGAAUUUGCUGACUACUUAAACCGCAGCUUGAUCCCCCGACAGAUACCAGGCAAAGGGGGGCCCUGGCGGGUAAUCUACCUGCCCCAGGUCCCUCAUGCUGAGUUACAGGAGAGACCUGCUUUCCCCGUACAGCCUCAGGGGCAAGAAGUGGCUGACGGGGCAGGUGAGGCAGGAGCUGCAGGUGAGGCAGGAUAUGAGGAUGUGGCAGGAGCUGCAGGUGAGGCAGAAGCUGCAGCUACAGAUGAGGCAGGAGCUGCAAGUGAGGCAGGAGCUGCAGGUGAGGCAGGGGCUGCAGGUGAAGCAGGAGCUACAAGUGAGGCAGGAGCCCCGGGUGAGGCAGGAGUUGAGAAUGUGGGAGAAGCUGCAGGUGAGGCAGAAGCUGCAGGUGAGGCAGAAGCUGCAGGUGAGGCAGGAGCUGCAGGUGAGGCAGAAGCUGUGGGUGAGGCAGGAGCUGUGGGUGAGGCAGGAGCUGCAGGUGAGGCAGGAUAUGAGGAUGAGGCGGAAGCUGCAGGUGAGGCAGGAGGCUCAGACGAGGCCGACACCUGGGCGCAGCAGUGGAGGCAUGCCCUGCAGCCCAUGCUGGAGAGCCUGGCCUACCAGGAACUGAGACCCUUUUCGGGGCGAGAAGAGCCAGGCCCCGGGGAAGAGCCCUUUGAGGGCUGGCUGGACCACGCCUACGACAUGCUGUACCUGUGGCGCCACGUGUCGGAGAGGGAGAAGAGGAGGAGGCUGGUGGAGUGCCUGAGCGGCCCGGCCCUGGACCUCCUGUGUGGCCUCCUGGCUGAAGACCCCGGCCUCCCCGCGCAGGACUGCCUGGUGGCCCUGGUGCAGGUGUUUGGGACCCAGGACACGCGCAUGACCGCGCGGCUCAAGUUCCUCACCUGCGCCCAGGAGCCUGGGGAGAGCCUGUUUGCCUAUGUGAUGCGCCAGGAAGGCCUGCUGCAGACGGCCAUGGAGAAGGGGGCGGUGCACCCGGCCAUCGCGGACCAGGUGCGUGUGCGGCAGGUGCUGAUGCGGGCUCGGCCCAAUCACACGCUGUACAGCAAGCUGAGGAGGAUGCGUAUGGAGGGGCGGCCUCCUGGCUUCGUGGGGCUGCUUCGUUUUGUUAGGGAGACCGAGGCAUGGGAGGCUGCCCAGGCCAGGAAGGAGCCGUCCCAAGUGGAAGAAGGGGCCCACCCAGCCGGUGGAGCCCCAGCUGCUGCCCCAGCUGCCCCAGCCAAUGGAGAAGCUGCCUCAGGCAGUGGAGAGGCCGCCCCAGGCAACGGAGAUGCCACUGAGUUCCCCCUGUCAAAAGAAGAUGCCUUCUCAGACAGCAAAGAUGCCACUGAAGCCGCCCCAGCCAAUGAAGAUGCUGCAGAAGCUGCCCCAGGCAAUGAAGAUACUGAUGAGGAGGUCCCAGCUGACGAAGAUGCUGCCCAGUCCGACUCAGCCAAAGAAGAGGCCGACCAGGUCUACCUAGCCAAUGAAGAUGCCAUAGCAGCUGCCCCAGUCAGUGAAGAUGCUGUCGGGGAGGCCUCAGGAAGUGAAGAUGCUGCCCUCACUGCCUUAGCCAAUAAUUAUAUAGCCCAGACCGCUCUAGCCAAUGAAAAUGCUGCCAAAGCUGCCCUAGCCAAUGAAGAGGCCAAUGAGGCUGUUCACAACACUGAAGAUGCCACUGAUGCUUCUGCAAAAGCCACCGCUGCCACUCACAAAGAAGAAAGUGCUCCUUCCCCAGCCCAGGUGAGCAGUGUUUCUGGGGCAGGCCCGGGAGCCCCAGGCUGUGGGCUCCAGGGCCUCGCCCAGGCAGGAGACCCAGAGGCCAUGGAGGCUGAGGAGCCUCCUGAAGAGCAGCUCCAGCCCAUCCUGGAGGAGUUGGAAAACAAGGGCGAGGCUGGCGAGAUGAGCCUGCCCGAGUCCUCCUGCUCGGACCAGGCCGGCCACCCCCUCAGUCCUUCCAAGGGGGAAGGGGCCCCUCCCCAUUGCAGCGCCACACCUGCCCAGAGGCACCCAGACCAGGCGCACCUGGGGACGUCCUCCCCCGCUCCCGUCCACUGGGUCGGGCGCUCAGCCUCUGCUUUCCCGGUGGAGAUUCUGGGCAACGGUUGCUUGUUCUUGGGGAGGCGUCCUCCAGCCCCUCUGAAGCUGCAGAGGAAGGACAGAGCCCCCACAGCAGCCCAGGAGCCAGGGUGA